GAAAAAGUAACUCGAAUGCCACGUCGAGGCCAUUUUGUUUUGAUAUUUUGUUUCCAACAACAAUCUUAGCAAUAAUUAUUUAUCUGUUCUGAAGAUGGGAGGAUCAGCUAGCACUGAAAUACCGGGUGGAGGAACUGAGGGUUACCACGUAUUAAGAGUGCAAGAUGGUUCCCCUGGGCAUAACGCUGGCCUUGAAGCUUUUUUUGACUUCAUUGUUGCCAUUGGCACCACUCGUUUAAAUCAAGAUAAUGAUACACUGAAGGAACUACUAAAAACAAACAUAGAAAAGCCUCUAAAAGUUACAGUUUAUAGCAGUAAAACACAGAAUGUUAGAGAAGUUAGUCUGAUACCAUCUCACAAUUGGGGAGGUCAAGGUCUUCUUGGUGUCAGCAUCAGGUUCUGCUCAUUUGAGGGUGCCAAUGAAAAUGUUUGGCACAUCCUGGAAGUCCAACCCAAUUCACCUGCUGACCUUGCUGGACUGCGCUCCGAUACAGACUUUGUGAUUGGUGCCGAUUCUGUUUUACAUGAGUCUGAAGAUUUGUUUACACUGAUUGAGUCACAUGAAGGCAAAGCUCUAAAGCUGUAUGUAUACAAUACUGAGACUGACUCAUGCAGGGAGGUAACAAUCACACCUAAUGGAUCAUGGGGAGGAAAAGGGAGUCUAGGGUGCAACAUAGGAUAUGGUUAUCUGCAUCGAAUCCCUAAACGACAGUUUCCAUCUACCAAGGUGCAGCCUCAUACAAAUGUAGUUACACCCACUGCUCCGCCACCAUCACCCCCUAAGGAUGGAUUUUCUGAGAUACCUUUGACUGGAUCGCCUAAUGCAGGAAGCAUCAACUCUGGAUUAGCUCACCUAUCUCUCAAUACAGGUUCACCCACAAUUCCUGUCAUUACAUCGCACCACAACACAUCAUUUACACAGACAAAUAGUCCAGGUAUGCCAGGCUUACCCCACCCAGUUAUCCCCAAUUUAUCUAACCUGCCAGGAUUGACAAAUCCCAUUUCUCUCUCUGGAAUUCCCCCAGUGUCAUUACCUCCCCUGAAUGCCAGUGGAGCUUCUGGUCCUCUGCCAGCCUUCCCUGCAGGUAUUCCUCCUUUCAAUGUCUCCUUGCCUGCCCCAACACCUCUUCCAAACUUCACCCUGCCCAGCAGUCUUCCUGGAUUCAACCCACCACCCGGCCUCCUGCCCCAGGUCCCCUUAACUACACCAGCAGCCCCUAAAGCCAUCGCAACCUCAGCUGACACCAACUCUGGAUUACAACAUUCUGCCUGUGAUGGGCACCAUCACCAUGGAGAUGAUGAUCACCAUCACCACGGAGAUGAUGGGCAUCACCACGGAGACAAUGGGCAUCACCACGGAGAUGAUGGGCAUCAUCACCAUCAUCACCCUGUUGUCCCUAAUGGAGUCCCUGAUCACCAGAGCCAUGUAUCAUCUUAGCCUGUACACUAGAUCUCUUACUAUUAUUUAUCACUUACUAAUUCAUCUGUCUUGUUGAUUUUGGAGUUAUUUUUAAAGAAAUAAUUUUUUUUUAUAUAUUGGUUUGAUUUUAUUUGCUUUUGAUGAUGUGGGUUCAAUAGCCCCUUAGCCUUUCCUGCAAGGGCGCUAAUUUCAAAUAAAAUUUAUGUUUUGUCCUGUGAACUCCACGGCAGAAAUAAUUAUCUAACUGACUUAUGAUGAAUUACCUAACAAAGAAUGAAAGGAGUUAGCUAUCUUGGUGGAAAUGGGUUGCCUGAUUGGACAUUUUAUGUACAUAUUGUACAUUGUUUUAUUUUAUCUGGCACAGAUUCUCUGAGAACUUUGUGAUUUAGACCAAAGCUUCCCCCAUCUUAACAAUAAUCCUUGUUGUCAGAAUGGAGUUGGAUUGUUAUAAUAAUUGUAUGCUUUAUGUUUUUAGAGAAUAAAAAUUCUAAUUUGGUUUUGACUAGAAAAAAUUGUCACAGCAAAUACAGGUGACAUGGCUUUUUAUUUUUUAUGCAUUAUAUUUCUAUAUUUUAAUGAAUGAAUGUAUUCAAUAUGAGUUCAUUGAUUUGUAGAUUAUGAAUUGAAAUUUGUAUCCUUUUUUUAAAUUAUUGAAACUGUGUGAUAGUAAAAAAGAUAAUGGUACAUGGUUAUAGUAGUUAGCAGCUUGCUUGGUAGGAAGAAAAUGGUUUAUUGUUUGUAUUUACUCAGGGUCAGAAAAAUGGUGGUUUCCAGUGCUAGUGCAGGGUCCUGCUAGGUUUGAUAGUUUAUCUAAGUACGGUCGCAUAUGUUAAUCUCGGAACCGAGGGUUAAGAUUUAAAUAGUUUAUCUAGGUAUGGUUGCACAUGUCAAUCUCCGGAACUGAGGUUUGAGAUUUAAAACCUAGUGGAUUGAAUGAGGAAACUGAUGGUGUAUUUUGACAUUGAUAUUAUGCCUUGCAACAAAUGAAAUGGAUUGUUUUAGGUCAGAGACUUAAUGAAUUCUGCUUUUAACAUUACAGUUAAUAUUAUAUCAAUAAUAAUGAUUCUUAUCUAAUUCAUAUUAUUGCUGUAGAAUAACACAAAUGUUGAAAUUUUUAAACAAAUGGACAAAAUUUUAAAAAAUAUAUUUAUUUAGAAGAAAUUGCUGAACGCUAGAUCUUUAUAGUUAAUUUCUUUGUCAAUUAAUUGUUUACAUUGUUACCUUAUUUCUAAUAAACUGCCAUUAAUUUUGUGUGUUUUGAACGGUAAAAUUUUACUCAGGCUGAAAGUGGCCAUACUGAAUUAAAACAUUUUCUUCUAUUUUUCACAUAGUAAGUCUUUGGAUGCCUCCCUAUGAUAAGUGUACACUGUGGAACACAAUAAGCUGAUGCUAGUGUGGCAUCAUUGUUUUAUGGAAACAGUGCAUUUUGAAAAUAUUAAAUCAUUAUAAACAAGUACAUAUCUGUUUUUUUUUUAGAAUUUGGUGUUGUAAUCACUCAAGCCUACACAAUCACUGCAAAAAUAACCUACUUUUUAAAGUUAUCAGUUUCAUCUGUUCUUUGGAAGAAGGGGUUUGACCCCUAGUAUUAGAAUCUUAUUUUAACCUUUUUUGACUUCAAUAUUUUAUCUUUUUUUUUUAACUUGAUUAAAAUAGUAGUUAUUUCAUUGCUUGUUUUUCUUUUUAAAGUGCAUAACUUCCUUUCCAUUUAAAAACUGAUCCAUAUUUGUAAGUUUUUUUAAUGGGUUGGAGUAGCGUGAUGUACUUGCUUUUCUUGCUGAACUUGAAACCUGUAUAAAAGGACCAACUUGUUACAUUUUAAAAUUUUUCAUAGACUUGAAAUAAAGUUUGUGUUUGUAAAAACGGAGCCUUCAUGCUUAUGUGAUGUCACCUGGCAAUAAUUUUGGUGUGAUAGUUUCAAUCAAGGUAAUUGUGAAACCAAUACGAAAUAAAAUUUGAUAAGUUAUGUU